AUGUUUGGAGCAAAUAGCAAUACCGGUGGAGGAUUGUUUGGCUCGUCUAAUAACAACAAUUCUAGUAGUGGAGGAUUGUUUGGAAAUAAACCAGCAUCAACAUCUGGCUUUGGAUUUGGUCAAUCACAACAACCACAACAAUCACAACAAUCAACAGGGUUCGGUCAAUCUAAUACCACAACGGGUGGUUCAACUGGAGGAUUAUUUGGUCAACCACAAAACAACACCACUUCGAAUUCUACUACAGGUGGUUUAUUCGGUUCCAAUCCUCAAAAAUCAGGAUCAACUGGUGGCUUAUUUGGUUCUAGUCUGAACUCAAAUACAGGAACUGGAUUUGGUGCAAAUACAAGCGGUGGAUCACUUUUUGGAAAAUCAGCUGCACCGGCUACAGGGGGUGGAUUAUUUGGAAACAAUAAUAAUCAACAAUCAAAUACAACUACUGGUGGAUUGUUUGGAAAUAAUCAACAACAACAAUUAAAUACUAGUACAACUGGAGGGUUAUUUGGUAACAAUCAGCAGACCAGCAAUAAUACAGGUGGUUUAUUUGGACAAUCUAAUACAAACACAGGAACUACAGGAGGAUUAUUUGGAAAUAAACCAGCUUCAGCUGGUACUGGUACUGGUCUUUUUGGUUCUUCUAAUAACACUACCCAAACUGGCGGUGGACUUUUUGGCAAUAAACCAUCUACAAAUACAACAGGAGGAUUAUUUUCUAAUCAACAACAGCAACAGUCACAACAACAACCACAACAAUCUUCAUUAUUUUCAUCAAAUACAACUAACAAUCAACAACCAUCAUUCAGCUGGAGUCAACCACAACAAAACCAACCAGUUGUCAACAACACCUCAAGUUUAUUUGGAUUUAAUCAAAAUACAAACCAACCACAAACUAAUCAGAAUACAUACACUCCUGCUAUAAAUGAUCAACUAACCAAAGUAUGGGAACAAUGGGAUCCAAAUUCACCAAAAUGCGCAUUGAAAACUCAUUUUUAUAAUAAAUUCAAUGACCAAGAAAUUAAUCAAUUGUUAUCACAACCUCGACCUUCAAAUGAAACUGCAGAAGAUUGGGAUAAAGCAAUGAUUGAAAGACCAAAUGGAAAUUCUUUUCCAAUCAAAAUUACCUCAUAUGACGAAGUAGCACAAAGAAUUGAAACUCAAUUAGAUUAUAUAUCGAAAGAGAAAACAGUAUUAAAUCAAAUCAAUGAAAGAUUAAAUAAUUUAUCUGCAAAACAUGAUUUGGAGAACACAACAAGAAUUUUAAAAGCCAAAGCCAGACAUACUCAAUUAUCAAGAAGAUUAUUAAGAUUAGCUACAAUACUAGCUAUUUUGAAAUUGAAAGGUUAUCCAUUGUUACCAGAAGAAGAAGAAAUAGCAAGACAAUUUGAUAUUUUGACAAAUAAAAUAAAUGAUCCAAAUAGUCCAAUUGGUAAAUUAAGUGAUAUCUUCGCAAAAUUAAAUAUUUUAAAAGAAAGAGCAGAAGAUUUAAAUUCUCAAUUUGAUCAAUCAAUGCAUGUAUUAAAUGGUACUUUGGAUAAUGGAUCCUUGGAACAAAAUAAGAAACAAAUAGUCACUGGAAAUAAUAAUGAUAUUAUUGAAAAAUUCACAAAAAUCUUGAUGAAACAACAAAUUGGAUUGAAUUAUUUAAAUGAUGUUUUGGAGAAAGAUUUUGAUAGAGUAGAUAAAAGUUUAGGAUCUAAAAAGUAA